AUGCCCCCACGACCGUCACACAAACGCACGGCGACAGCGACCAGCGACACCAGUCCCGCGCCCCCGGAAGGCGCCGCGCGCAAGCGGACACGCUUCGUUGAGCCGGUUGACGACCCGGCCAACUUCGCGGAGGAGGUCGACGCGGCGCUCGAGGACCCGUCCGCGCGGCGCAAGGGUCGCGUGAACACGUCCGGAUACGACUCGGACUCGAGCGACGACGGAGAGGGCGUCGUGAACAGCCGCAAGCCGGGUGCAAAGCCGGGCGACGACGACGACGACGACGACGACAUGUUUGCGGUGGGCAAGGAGGAGGAGAAGCCGGCGGCGGAGGGCGGGAAGAAGAAGAAGGAAGAGUUCCUCCGGCUGGGGGAUAUCGAGGGGCAGGAGUUCGGGAGACGCGCGGACGGGGAGGACGGUGAGGACGAGGACGAAGAAGAAGAAGAGGACGAGCCGGAGGACGAGGACGACGCGGAGCGGCGGAAGAAGGCGGGGAUGGGUUUUGAGCUGAGCGCGUUCAACAUGCGCGAGGAGAUGGAAGAGGGCAAAUUCUCCGCGGACGGGAUGUACGUCCGCUCGUUCGACCCGCACGCGGUGCACGACCGCUGGAUGGACGACGUCGACGAGGACGAGAUGAAGAAGGCGCGGAAGCACCACAAGGCCCAGGAGAAGAUUCAGAAGGAGAAACAGAGGGCAGAGGAACGAGAACUCGAGGCACUUGGUGGGAAGGAGUCCGUCGAGAUGAAGCUCGUCGCGAAGCUCAAGAAAGGCGAAACUGUCCUCGAGGCUUUGCAGCGCCUUGGAGCACAGUCCAAGAAAAACGGAGCAGCGAAGAAAAAACCAAACAACAAAAUGAAGCGCGAUGUGCAAAAUGUCACUAUGGACGUCGAUCAGCCGUCGAAGCCCUCUCAGACGGACACGGAUGUCGAGGAGAUCACCCAUCUCGCAUCUACACUGAUGUCACUCGGCGACACCGACAUCUACACCAAGACGUACGAAGAGCUCGUACGUUCCAUCCGCAAAGCAGGGACGGUCGGCGAAGAUUGGAUUCCUCCGUCUGCGGACGUAAAGUACGAGUACAAAUGGGCAAUGCCAGGGGCGGGCGAGGAGGACAAGCUGUUCGGACCGUUCGCGGAGGAAGAAAUGAAUGCCUGGUAUAGCGCGGCGUACUUUGGUGCUGCUGGCGAGAAGGUAAAAGUACGGAAGGUCGGGGGCGAAUGGGGAAACUGGGACGAAGUUAUUUUAUGA